UUAUAUAUAUAUAUAUAUAUAUAAAGUAUUUUUAGAGAGAGAAAGAAGAGAGAGAGAGAGAGAGUAACAAUUGGGUUUUUAGAGAAAAAAGUGCGUGUUUGGAUUGGUCGUCUGGUUUUGAUUCCUCGUGUCACCGCUUCAAAAAGAUAGAGAGAGAGAGAGAGAGAGAAGGGAAACGAAAAGGAACUUCUUCUGUAUUGGGGGAAAUUGUAUUUUGAAAGAUCGGAGCUAGGGCUUUUUUUUGGGCAGAAUGAAGAUUGAAAAUGCGAUUCGUUGAAAAUUCAAGCUCCGAUCUUAUUGCAAAGCUUCUCAAAUUUUAGGGCUAGAAAUGGACGUCGAUUCGGCUAUGGCGGCAGAGCCUGAUCACGAUCCGUCGGAGCAGCCGACCACUGCUAAUGGUGCCGACCACCCAACCGAAUCCGAAUCCUUGUUGCCUCAGCAGCAUCAGCAGCAGGAGCAGCAGAGUAACAAUAAUAUUAUCGACAAUAGUAGUAAUAGUGGCGGUGUUGGUGGUCCAGGGGCGGCGGUGGCGGGUCCACGGUGUGCGCCGAUGUACACUGUGGUGAACGCUCUGAUGGAUAAGAAGGAGGAUGGUCCUGGUCCGCGGUGUGGCCACACCCUGACGGCUGUGCCUGCUGUUGGGGAGGAGGGAAGUCCUGGGUAUAUUGGCCCUAGAUUAAUUCUUUUCGGAGGAGCGACUGCACUUGAAGGGAAUUCUGGUGCAUCGGGAACUCCUUCAUCGGCCGGAAGUGCAGGAAUUCGUUUGGCAGGGGCUACAGCCGAUGUGCACUGCUAUGAUGUUUUGACAAAUAAAUGGUCUCGAAUUACUCCAAUUGGAGAACCACCAACACCUAGGGCAGCUCACGUGGCGACUACCGUAGGUACCAUGGUCGUUAUUCAGGGUGGGAUUGGUCCAGCCGGUUUGUCUGCAGAAGAUCUUCAUGUUCUGGAUCUUACUCAACAGCGGCCAAGAUGGCACAGGGUUGUGGUACAAGGUCCUGGGCCAGGGCCACGCUAUGGCCAUGUCAUGGCUUUAGUUGGACAAAGAUAUCUCAUGGCAAUUGGCGGAAAUGAUGGAAAACGACCUUUAGCUGAUGUAUGGGCACUGGACACUGCUGCAAAGCCAUAUGAAUGGCGGAAACUGGAACCAGAGGGUGAAGGUCCACCCCCUUGCAUGUAUGCGACUGCAAGUGCACGUUCUGAUGGUCUUCUUCUGCUUUGUGGUGGGAGGGAUGCAAAUAGUGUGCCACUGGCUAGUGCAUACGGGCUCGCCAAGCACAGAGAUGGUCGAUGGGAAUGGGCCAUUGCUCCUGGUGUCUCACCAUCUUCAAGAUAUCAGCAUGCAGCUGUUUUUGUUAAUGCACGUCUUCAUGUAUCCGGAGGAGCUCUUGGCGGCGGGCGUAUGGUAGAGGACUCCUCAAGUGUGGCUGUAUUGGAUACUGCAGCUGGAGUUUGGUGUGACACAAAGUCUGUUGUUACGAGCCCGAGGACUGGGAGGUACAGUGCUGAUGCUGCUGGAGGCGAUGCAGCAGUUGAAUUGACAAGACGCUGUAGGCAUGCUGCAUCCGCUGUCGGGGACUUGAUUUUCAUCUAUGGUGGUUUACGUGGUGGCGUACUGCUGGAUGACUUGCUUGUUGCUGAAGAUUUAGCUGCUGCUGAGACAACUAGUGCAGCUUCCCAUGCAGCUGCUGCCGCAGCUGCUUCUGAUGUACAUCAAGGGAGGUUACAAGGUAGAUACGGGUUUACUGAUGACAGAAAUGGGGCAACUGUGCCUGAUGCUGCUGCUGAUGGUGCUGUUGUGGUAGGAAAUGCUGUUGCUCCCCCUGUAAAUGGUGAUAUUUAUACAGAUAUAAACACAGAAAACGCAACUUUCCAAGGUUCCCGAAGCUUGAGCGAAGGUGUUGAAUAUCUAGUUAAGGCAUCAGCAGCAGAAGCUGAGGCUAUUACUGCCGCAUUGGCAGCUGCUAAAGCUCGACAAGUCAAUGGAGAAGUUGAGCUGCCCGAUAGAGAUCGUGGCGCGGAGGCUACCCCUAGUGGAAAACAAAUAUCUACCUUGAUCAAACCUGAUUCUUCAAAUAAUUCCAUUCCAGCUGGAGUUAGGCUUCACCACCGUGCGGUGGUUGUAGCUGCAGAGACUGGUGGCGCUUUAGGUGGUAUGGUCAGACAGCUUUCCAUUGAUCAGUUUGAAAAUGAAGGCAGGCGUGUCAGUUACGGAACUCCAGAGAGUGCAACUGCAGCUAGGAAACUUUUAGAUCGUCAAAUGUCUAUUAGCAGUGUACCAAAAAAGGUGAUUACUCAUCUUUUGAAGCCUCGUGGUUGGAAGCCUCCAGUUCGCAGACAAUUUUUCUUGGAUUGCAAUGAGAUUGCAGAUCUUUGUGAUAGUGCUGAGAGAAUAUUUGCUAGUGAACCUAGUGUUCUGCAGCUAAAGGCUCCAAUUAAAAUAUUUGGUGAUUUGCACGGGCAAUUUGGGGAUCUUAUGCGACUUUUUGAUGAGUAUGGAUCACCGUCCACUGCUGGGGAUAUAGCGUAUAUUGAUUAUCUAUUUUUGGGAGAUUAUGUUGAUCGAGGCCAACAUAGCUUGGAAACCAUAACUCUUCUCCUAGCAUUGAAGGUUGAGCAUCCCCAUCAAGUACAUUUGAUUCGGGGUAAUCAUGAAGCUGCAGAUAUCAAUGCACUUUUUGGGUUUAGAAUUGAGUGCAUUGAGCGCAUGGGGGAGAGAGAUGGAAUAUGGACAUGGCAUCGGAUAAAUAGAUUGUUCAACUGGCUUCCGCUGGCUGCUUUGAUCGAGAAAAAAAUUAUUUGUAUGCACGGUGGUAUUGGGAGAUCAAUAAACCAUGUAGAACAGAUCGAGAAUAUUCAGCGUCCAAUUGCAAUGGAAGCAGGAUCUAUUGUUCUUAUGGACUUGUUGUGGUCAGAUCCCACCGAAAAUGACAGUGUAGAAGGACUGCGUCCAAAUGCAAGAGGUCCUGGGUUGGUAACCUUUGGGCCCGAUCGAGUUAUGGAAUUCUGUAACAAUAACGAUCUUCAAUUGAUUGUGCGAGCACACGAGUGUGUGAUGGAUGGAUUUGAAAGAUUUGCUCAGGGACAUCUAAUUACUCUAUUUUCAGCCACAAAUUACUGUGGUACUGCAAAUAACGCUGGAGCUAUCUUGGUUUUGGGUAGAGAUUUGGUAGUUGUACCAAAAUUAAUUCAUCCCCUGCCGCCUGCAAUCUCCUCUCCAGAAACCUCUCCUGAACGCCAUAUAGACGACACAUGGAUGCAGGAGCUCAAUGCCAAUAGACCACCCACGCCGACAAGGGGCCGCCCUCAAGUUGCAAAUGACCGAGGUUCUCUUGCUUGGAUUUAGAUUUAUGCCUACCGGAUUGUGUUUUUUAUGCUUCUUCCAGGACCAUGCUAACAGAAACUGGAAUCUCCAGCCAUUUGUACAUAGCAUGACAUGAUGAAUGCCGUAUGGAGAAUUCUCUUAGAGGCUUUGAACUCUCCUGGUAGAAUGAGCAAAAGCUUUCAGAAGAUGACAAGAGAAAGGUUCCCAACUUUCUAUACUUGAGAGAGCUAUCCCCAGGGUUUUUGAAACAUGUCCUCUGCACGUCGGACUCAAAUAGGUUUUCUUUUUCUUUUUUGGGUCUAGCGUAGUUGUAUUAUUUUUUUAUAUCCGUGUUUUUUUAAGAGGACAUGAGGUCCUUAUACGUGAUUUGUGAGAUAGAUAUCGUCGUGUUCAAAAUGUGUUGAUCUUUCAUGUAUAAUAGAGGGUGUUGGGUUGAUUGCCUUGUGUAAUUCAUAUUUUCAACUUGUUACGGUGUAUUCCUCCUUGUGUGAAGAAGAUAAGUUUCCGUUUUUGGUUAGCACAGUAUAGUGUGUCAUUAGGUACUUUUAGUCAUUUUUUCGUUAGCAUCAUCAUCAGUGUGUUGUUUGGUACUUUUGUUUUUCUUCACACGCAAUGAUAAAUCCUCGACUUUUGAACUU